ACGAUGAGUUUUAAAGUGAAUUAUAUCACCCUAAUAUUUUUGUAUUUUUUUGUUGUUGGUGUAAUUUCGCAUAAUAUAGAAAACUGUACUGAAGUGAUCACGUCCAAUAUGAAUUGUAAUGGUAAAGAAAAAAUUAUAGUAGUAAGGUUAAACGAGAAAAAUUUAACAGUGUUGGAGGAUAAUAUGUUUAAAGAUAUGCGCAACCUUCGUAAGAUCGAUUUAAAACAGAAUUCUAUACCAGAUCUAAAUUCAGAAAUAUUUCAAGAUAUUCCACAGGUUACAUUUAUAUUUCUCGAUUAUAAUCGUUUACAAAUAAUAAAAGAGAACACAUUUGGGGAAAUACCUCGAUUACAAAAUUUAUAUAUAUCGCAUAAUAAUUUAGAAAUAAUAGAAGCUGGUGCAUUUAAUUUUCCACACCUACAAGUAUUGGAUUUAACAAACAACGCUAUUCUGAACAUAUCUAAAGAUGCCUUUCGGGUAAACUCUACGAUUUAUAAUUUAAAUUUUAAAAAUAAUAAAGUCAAAAACAUCUCGUUUAUACAAAAUCUAUAUAAUUUAUCGAUCCUCGACUGUACAUCAAAUUGUAUCAAAGAUAUUGACGAAAACACGUUUGAAAAUGCAAAGAAAGUAAGUGACUUUGUAUGCAUGAAUAAUCAAAUUGAAAAUCUCGAGUUUUUAAAACACCUAAGAAUGUUGACUAAUUUAGAUUUAAGCAAUAACUCGAUAAAAACGUUACCAGUUACAACAUUUUUGAAUUUAAAGAAAAUUCAAAAAAUCAUUUUGCGGAAAAAUGAAAUUGAAGUAAUACCAACAGGUGCAUUUGCUGAAUUAUAUGAUUUAUCUGAGAUAUCCUUAGCUGAUAACAAGAUUAAGACCAUUGGAGAGGUUUUUGGAUUACCUAAAUUAAAAACACUAAAUGUUAAAAACAACAGACUACAAAGUCUACCAAGUGGGCUAAUAGAAACCUCGCUUAGUAUUACUUUUAAAAUAGAUGGCAAUAAUUGGAGUUGUCAAUUUAUUCGAAAAAUCGUUGAUAAAUCCCGCAUUAAAAUCGAAUUCACCAUUCGACCCAAUGAUGUGACUAAUUACAAAAAUAUAUCGUGCAGUGAUGAAAUGAAUCUAGUUCCAAACGACCAAAGAACCGCAAACAUCACUCAACCAGACGAUAAAACAUUCUUCAAAUAUAUCAUUGGUUUUUUUAUUUUUAUAGUUAUUUGUGUGGGUUUAAUCGGAGUAGUUUUCAUGUGUCGUGCCAUAGUUCGAUUCCACAAAAAGAAGAAAAAAACGAGUAUACCUUUGACUUAUUUAAGUGGCCCAUACGAUCCUAAUGGAUAUCUUGAACCACGCAAUAUUUGCCAAGAAGAAGGUAUUUAUGAAGAAAUUAUGGAGAACGAUUGCGAGACUUAUACAGCACCAAGGCAAAAUAAUUAUAUUUUGACAUAAUUUUUAUGCAUUAUUUUAUAACUCGACUACUAAUUGAAUAUAUUUAAUCAU